AUGGCCAAACCCGCCACCCAGAUCCACCGCGCCUGGUGGAAGGAAAGCUCCGUAUAUCAGAUCUGGCCCUGCUCGUUCAAGGACUCCAAUGAUGAUGGUAUCGGCGAUAUUCCCGGGAUCAUUUCCAAGCUCGACUACAUCAAGAACCUCGGCAUUGAUAUUGUCUGGCUCUGUCCCUCGUAUAAGUCGCCCCAGGUGGACAUGGGCUACGAUAUCGCUGAUUACUACGACAUCGCCGAUGAAUACGGCACGGUCGCAGAUGUGGAAAACUUGAUCAAGGGCUGCCAUGAACGCGGCAUGAAGCUCCUCAUGGACCUAGUCGUGAACCACACCAGUGACCAGCAUGAGUGGUUCAAGCAGUCGCGCAGCUCGAAGGAGAGCGAGUAUCGGGAUUGGUACAUCUGGCGACCGGCCAGGUAUGACGAGCAGGGGAAUCGCCAGCCGCCGAACAACUGGGUGUCGCAUUUUCAGGGGAGCGCAUGGGAGUGGGAUGAGCAUACACAGGAAUACUAUCUGCAUCUGUACGCCACAGAGCAGCCGGACCUCAACUGGGAGCAUCCACCGGUCCGCAAAGCUGUCCACGAUAUUAUGCGCUUUUGGCUGGACAAGGGCGCUAACGGGUUCCGCAUGGACGUGAUCAACUUCAUCAGCAAGGACCAGCGUUUCCCAGAUGCCCCGAUUCACGACCCCCGUACCCCUUGGCAAUGGGGUGACAAGUAUUAUGCCAAUGGGCCUCGGUUGCACGAAUACUUCCAGGAGCUUGGCAAGAUUCUGAAGGAGUACGAUACGUUCAGUGUGGGUGAGAUGCCCUUCGUGAAGGAUACGCAAGAGGUGCUUCGAGCGGUGCAGUAUGACCGGAAUGAGCUCAAUAUGAUCUUCAACUUUGAGCAUGUUGACAUUGACCACGGUACAUACGACAAAUUCGAGUUGGGUAGUUGGAAGCUCACCGACUUGAAAUCUUUCUUUGAGAGGUGGCAGAAGUUCAUGUAUGAGAAUGAUGGCUGGAACGCCCUGUACUGGGAGAACCACGACCAGCCGCGGUCGGUCGAUCGGUACACCAAUGCAAAGGAGGAAGACCGAGUUAUUGCAUCCAAGAUGCUGGCCACGAUCUUGGCAUUGAAAGCUGGGUCUCCGUUUGUAUACCAGGGCCAGGAGAUUGGCAUGGGGAACGUGCCUCUCGAAUGGGACAUCGAAGAAUAUAAGGAUAUCGACUGCCUCAACCACUGGAAGAGACUACCAAAGGAUCCUGAAAUUCAAAAGAUUGCCCGACAGGAAUACCAGAAGAAGUCCCGCGACAACGGUCGUACCCCAGUCCAAUGGGCUGAUGCACCAAACGGCGGAUUCACUGGCCCCAACGUCAAGCCCUGGAUGUCUGUCAACCCGAACUACGCUCGCGGCAUCAACGCCGAGGCCCAGGUCAACGACCCCAACUCAACCUACAGCUACUGGGCGUCAGUGCUCGGACUCCGCAAGAAAUAUGUGGACAUCUUUGUAUAUGGAAACUACGAGCUGGUCGACCGGGAUAGCCAGGAGAUCUUCGCGUAUACCCGUCAGUAUGAAGACCAGAAGGCGCUGGUGUUGGCCAACUGGACUGACGGCAUAUUGGAGUGGGAUUCUUCUUCGAAUGGUGUGAAGGGAGUAAAGGAAGUGUUGUUAAACACAUACGACAGCCCAAGCGAUGCGAAGGACAGGUUUUCUGGCUCCAAGUGGUCUCUUCGUCCAUAUGAGGCUGUGGUGCUGCUCAUUGAGGCCUAA